GCUUCCUCUUCCGUCUGGUUUUAACUUUCCUUGAGGGGUUUGACUGCGAUAGGAAAUAAUAAGAAAAUGGGAGAAAAUAGGCCUACGCAAAAUGUGUCCUCACAUCCUGUUUUACACUUCCUCCUCAAUGGUCGUGAAUGAAGCAGUUUCGGACGGUCUGUCCCCGCAUGGAAUAUACCCCAGCACAUUGUCAAUAUUGCACACGCGCCCUUUCUGUGGACACUUUCCAGGCCACCAAAUACAUUUGUGAGUGCGCGGUGAAAUUCUGAAGCCGUCUUUUUUUCCCGCAAUAUGAGUGAUUUCUGACAGCAAGAGGCCAGAGGGUUCUGGAAUGUUUACAACGCCAAUCAGUUCCAAGACGCUGAAUAAGAUGUUCCCUGUUGUUCCAGUGGGCCUUUAAACACUUCUGACAGGAUGGAGAAGAAAGACAUGAAGAUCGUCAACCAGGGCCUGGAGGACGAGAUGGAGGUGUGGGGUUACCGGCCGUGCCCCUGGAAGAUAGUUCUGGUGGGCGUUGGGGCGGUGUGCACCGGGGGGCUGCUGUUCCUGGUGCUCUACUGGCUGCCUGAGUGGGGAGUGAGAGGGACCUGCACACGGACCCCCUUCAUCAGGGAGGCCCAGACACUGCUGCUCAGAUCCACCGACGAGUUUAGGAGGUGGUUCCGGGCCAAGGUACAUGUGAUGCUAGUCCCUGGAAAGAGACCCUUUGACAGUGUCGAUCUCCAGGGCCCUCUGCACAUACCUAAUGGGGACAGUAUACACGCCUUCAGUGCCCUCCAAGAUGAACAUCAGGGAAAAUACGUCCAUAUCCAGCCAGUUCAGAUUCUCUACUUCACCCACCACAGCACAAAAUACUACUGGAAUGAUCUGCUACAGAAUUUUGAAGUGUUUAAAGGUUUGGAGGAUGUCAGGGUGACUUGUUCCGGCAUCCACACUGACCACAGCUCUGGUCUCAGCAAACUACUCCAGGACUACAGGAGACUGUUCUUUGAGGUGAAUGAGAUAGCGGUGAGGGUGCCAUCUGUGUUCAAGCUACUAAUAAAAGAGGUCCUGAAUCCGUUCUACAUCUUCCAGCUCUUCAGCGUGAUCCUGUGGAGCGCUGAACAGUAUUACUACUACGCUGCAGCCAUAGUCUUAAUGUCUGUCAUAUCCAUAGCAACCUCACUGUACACCGUCAAGAAGCAAUACAUCAUGCUGCAUGAUAUGGUGGCGACCCACAGUAUUGUACGUGUCUCAGUGUGCAGAGGAAAUCUAGAUGUCGAGGAAGCCAUGUCCACAGAAUUGGUCCCUGGUGAUGUCAUCGUCAUCCCGUCCAAUGGAAUGAUCAUGCCCUGUGACGCCGUGCUGGUUCAUGGAAACUGCAUCGUCAACGAGAGUAUGCUAACAGGUGAGAGUGUGCCUGUCACCAAGACCAGCCUACCCAGCUCAGGAAAAGAUGGGGCUGGCCUCUAUAGCAUAGAGGAACACAAGAGACACACACUGUUCUGUGGCACUCACAUCAUUCAGACCCGCUUCUACACUGGGGAACUGGUGAAGGCUGUGGUGGUCAGGACUGGUUUCAGCACAGAGAAGGGCCAGCUGGUGCGCUCCAUCCUGUACCCCAAGCCCACUGACUUCAAGCUGUACAGAGACGCGUAUCUCUUCCUGCUUUGUCUGGUGGGAGUGGCUGGCAUCGGCUUCGUCUACACCAUCGUCCUCAGCAUCAUAAACCAGGUUCCAGCCAAAACCAUAGUGGUUGAAUCUCUGGACAUUAUCACCAUCACGGUGCCCCCAGCGCUGCCUGCAGCCAUGACAGCGGGCAUCGUCUAUGCCCAGCGCCGGCUGAAACGUGUGGGCAUCUUCUGCAUCAGCCCCCAGAGGAUCAACAUCUGUGGCCAGCUCAACCUCGUCUGCUUCGAUAAGACUGGUACUCUUACUGAAGAUGGUUUGGACCUUUGGGGGAUCCAGAGAGCUGAAAAUGGCAGUUUCUCUCCCCCAGAGGAUGACCCAGCCAAUGAGACUCUAGUCAGGUCCUCGUUUGUGUCCUGCAUGGCCACCUGCCACUCUCUGACCAAGCUAGAGGGAGAACUCUCCGGAGACCCACUGGACCUCAAGAUGUUCAACGCCACAGGCUGGAUUCUAGAGGAGCCCACAGAGGAAGAAACCGCCCUCCACAAUCCCAUAAUGCCCACCGUGGUGCGGCCACCCAAACAGGUGCACCCCGAGGUCAACCAGGAAGUCAAUCUUGCACAGAACAUGGAGCUGUCUGAGCUGACGUUGUCCUAUGAGAUUGGGAUCGUCCGUCAGUUCCCUUUCUCGUCGGCUCUACAGAGGAUGAGUGUGGUGGUCCGGAAGCUGGGGGAGAAGCGCAUGGACGCCUACGUCAAGGGGGCACCAGAGGUUAUGGCCAGCCUCUGUAGAGAGGACACAAUACCAGAGAGCUUCACAGAGACCCUGGAGUCUUACACCAGGCAGGGGUUCAGAGUCAUAGCCUUGGCCCAUCGCCAGCUGGAGGCCAAACUCUCCUGGCAUAAGGUCCAGAACCUCAACAGAGACCUCAUAGAGACCAAUAUGGAGUUCCUUGGGCUCCUAAUCAUGCAAAACAAGCUGAAGGAAGAGACUGCUGGGGUUUUAAAAGACCUACGACGUGCAAACAUUCGCACCGUGAUGGUUACAGGUGAUAAUAUGCUAACAGCUAUAUCAGUAGCCAGAGACUGUGGGAUGAUAACCCCUCAUGAGAGGGUCAUCGUAGCAGACGCCACACCUCCCAAAGACAUCCAGCCUGCUACGAUCAAUUGGCACUACACAGAGAACCACGCCACCAGUAAAGACAACCGUGUUGAGUCAGUGGAAAUGAGCCUUGAGGAUGUGGGCCAUGUUACUUAUGGUGAGCAGCCCAUGCAGCAGGAGCAGCGCUACCACUUUGCCAUGAGUGGCAGGUCCUUCGCUGUCAUCACCGAACACUUCCCUGACCUGGUCCAAAAGCUGGCACUGCGUGCCACAAUAUUCGCCCGCAUGGCUCCUGACCAGAAGACUCAGCUGGUAGAGGUCCUACAGAGUGUGGACUAUACUGUAGGGAUGUGUGGUGAUGGUGCCAAUGACUGUGGCGCCCUAAAGAGAGCUCACAGUGGGAUUUCUCUGUCAGAGCUGGAGGCCUCGGUCGCCUCCCCCUUCACCUCCUCCACCGCCAACAUCUCCUGUGUGCCCAACCUCAUUAGAGAGGGGCGAGCUGCUCUCAUCACCUCCUUCUGUGUGUUCAAGUUCAUGGCCCUGUACAGCAUCAUCCAGUACCUCAGUGUCACGCUCCUCUACUCUAUCCUCAGCAACCUGGGAGACUUCCAGUUCCUCUUCAUUGACGUUGCUAUCAUUCUGAUCAUUGCCUUCACAAUGAGUCUGAACCCGGCAUGGAAGGAUCUGGUGGCGCGGCGGCCCCCGUCCAGUCUGAUUUCAGGCCCUCUGCUGUUCUCCGUGCUGACCCAGAUCCUCACCUGUCUGGCCUUCCAGGUCCUGGCCUUCCUCUGGGUCCGGGGCCAGAACUGGUACGAGAAAUGGACGCCCCUCUCGGAUGCCUGUAAUAUUUCCAGUGCCAAUCUCACCCAUGGUCCCAACAUGACGUCACAUGUCGACCACAAGAACAUCAGGAACUAUGAGAACACUACACUCUUCUACGUCUCCUCCUUCCAGUACCUGGCAGUGGCCAUCAUCUUCUCCAAGGGAAAACCUUUCAGACAGCCAAGCUAUAAAAACUGGCCGUUCAUGCUGUCCUGUGUGGCUCUGUACAUCUUCCUCUUCAUGAUCAUGCUGUAUCCUGUUCCUGCCAUCGACAACUUCCUGGAGAUUGUGUGUGUUCCCCAUGAAUGGCGCAUAACAGUGGUCGUCAUUGUCCUAGUGAAUGCCGCCGUGUCUUUCCUAUUGGAGACUUUGGUCCUUGACAUCAUCUUAUGGAAGCUGGUGUUCAGUCGAGACAAGCAGGGGGGCAGCGAUGGCAUGGCCGUCACCUCCGCUACUCACACACCUCAGUCUGCCAAUGAGCGUUGGUGCGCGACGUUCCUCUCCUGGCUGUUCUGUCGGAAGGGGAAGACCUCCAGAGUGCGCUACAUGCAAGUCGCCCAGGAGCUGCAGGAGGACCCCGACUGGCCCCCCAAACCCGCUACCGUCACCUAUACCACCAGCACCCCCCACCACACUGUCAGCAUGUGACACAUGGCCAUGCCCACAUAUAGUCAAUAGCUGCACAUACAGUACCCAGUCUAGACCCUUCCAUUCCCUGGACCACUGACUGGUUUACAACCAACAUCAAGUCUAGAACCCUCCGUUCCCCAGACAACUGACUGGUUUAUAACCAAUAUAAAGUCUAGAACCUUCCAUUCCCCAGACAACUGACUGGUUUAUAACCAGUAUCAAGUCUAGAACCUUCCGUUGCCUGGACAACUGACUGGUUUAUAAUAGGGCUAUGACGAUACCAGUAUCGCAAUAUUUUUCCAUGGCAAAAAUGAAACACGAAGCAGACCAAACUCUUUGGUCCUUUAACAACCUGCUGUAUGUAAAAUAGUGUGUGCAAUAGGUGGGUUGGUUGUUUAGCAACACAACCGACGCGUGUGCAACAAUGGGGAAAAACCAACGGGGUUGGCUUAGAUUGUUGAAAACAUGUCAACUAUAUUUAUUUUCCAAAUGUUUAUUGAAAACAUAAAUACAUUUGCACAAUGAGCACUUGUUGUCUCAAAUACAUCGUAACAGUUGUUG